AUGUUCAGACACUCUUCACUCGUCAACGGUAAACGUUCAGACUCUUCACUCGUCAACGGUAAACGUUCAGACUCUUCACUCGUCAACGGUAAACGUUCAGACUCUUCACUCGUCAACGGUAAACGUUCAGACUCUUCACUCGUCAACGGUAACGUUCAGACUCUUCACUCGUCAACGGUAAAUGUUCAGACUCUUCACUCGUCAACGGUAAACGUUCAGACUCUUCACUCGUCAACGGUAAAUGUUCAGACUCUUCACUCGUCAACGGUAAACGUUCAGACUCUUCACUCGUCAACGGUAAACGUUCAGACUCUUCACUCGUCAACGGUAAACGUUCAGACUCUUCACUCGUCAACGGUAAAACGUUCAGACUCUUCACUCGUCAACGGUAAACGUUCAGACUCUUCACUCGUCAACGGUAAACGUUCAGACUCUUCACUCGUCAACGGUAAACGUUCAGACUCUUCACUCGUCAACGGUAAACGUUCAGACUCUUCACUCGUCAACGACUCUUCACUCGUCAACGGUAAACGUUCAGACUCUUCAUCGUCAACGGUAAAUGUUCAGGACUCUUCACUCGUCAACGGUAAACGUUCAGACUCUUCACUCGUCAACGGUAAAUGUUCAGACUCUUCACUCGUCAACGGUAAAUGUUCAGACUCUUCACUCGUCAACGGUAAAUGUUCAGACUCUUCACUCGUCAACGGUAAACGUUCAGACUCUUCACUCGUCAACGGUAAAUGUUCAGACUCUUCACUCGUCAACGGUAAAUGUUCUACGCACAACGCUAAAGUUGAGAAACCGUUCGAAAACCUCUUGGCUCAUGGAAAAGUGUUCCUAUUUACAUUCACACCCGAACACUUCCAUAUUUGUGUCGACACGUCACAACAACGGGUCGACACGUCACAACAACGGGUCGACACGUCACAACAACUGUUCGACACGUCACAACAACGGGUCGACACGUCACAACAACGGGUCGACACGUCACAACAACGGGUCGACACGUCACAACAACGGGUCGACACGUCACAACAACGGGUCGACACGUCACAACAACGGGUCGACACGUCACAACAACGGGUCGACACGCCACAACAACGGGUCAACACGUCACAACAACGGGUCGACACCUCACAACAACGGGUCGACACUUCACAACAACGGGUCGACGCGUCACAACAACGGGUCGACACGUCACAACAACUGUUCGACACGUCACAACAACUGGUCGACACGUCACAACAACGGGUCGACACGUCACAACAACGGGUCGACACGUCACAACAACAGGUCGACACGUCACAACAACGGGUCGACACCUCACAACAACGGGUCGACACUUCCUUUCAUCGUUAUUAUAAAAUUCCUUGUCACGGCUCGGCUGAGAGCAAUAAGGGCCCAUCACCCCGCCCAGGGAGGGGCUCCAGGAGAUAUCCAGACGGUGACGCCCCAACCGCUUCCAGCUCCACUUACGCUGACAACAAUAACGACAGUAAUUCAAUUAAUAAUGACUGUCUGACGGCCGGCUCUCUGGUGCGUCUGGUAACACCAGGAGCCCUCAGAACCUCUCCGGGUCGUCUGGUAACACCAGGGGCCCUCAGAACCUCUCCGGGUCGUCUGGUAACACCAGGGGCCCUCAGAACCUCUCCGGGGCGUCUGGUAACACCAGGGGCCCUCAGAACCUCUCUGGUGCGUCUGGAGCCCUCAACCUCUCCGGUGCGUCUGGUAACACCAGGAGCCCUCAGAACCUCUCCGGUGCGUCUGGUAACACCAGGGGCCCUCAGAACCUCUCUGGUGCGUCUGGUAACACCAGGAGCCCUCAGAACCUCUCCGGUGCGUCUGGUAACACCAGGAGCCCUCAGAACCUCUGGUGCGUCUGGUAACACCAGGGACCCUCAGAACCUCUCUGGUGCGUCUGGUAACACCAGGAGCCCUCAGAACCUCUCCGGGACCCUCAGAACUUCUCUGGUGCGUCUUGUAACACCAGGGGCCCUCAGAACUUCUCUGGUGCGUCUGGUAACACCAGGGGCCCUCAGAACCUCUCCGGUGCGUCUGGUAACACCAGGGACCCUCAGAACUUCUCUGGUGCGUCUGGUAACACCAGGGGCCCUCAGAACUUCGCUGGUGCGUCUGGUAACACCAGGGGCCCUCAGAACCUCUCUGGUGCGUCUGGUAACACCAGGGGCCCUCAGAACUUCGCUGGUGCGUCUGGUAACACCAGGGGCCCUCAGAACUUCUCUGGUGCGUCUGGUAACACCAGGGACCCUCAGAACUUCUCUGGUGCGUCUGGUAACACCAGGGGCCCUCAGAACUUCUCUGGUGCGUCUGGUAACACCAGGGGCCCUCAGAACUUCUCUGGUGCGUCUGGUAACACCAGGGGCCCUCAGAACUUCGCUGGUGCGUCUGGUAACACCAGGGGCCCUCAGAACUUCUCUGGUGCGUCUGGUAACACCAGGGGCCCUCAGAACUUCUCUGGUGCGUCUGGUAACACCAGGGGCCCUCAGAACUUCUCUGGUGCGUCUGGUAACACCAGGGGCCCUCAGAACUUCGCUGGUGCGUCUGGUAACACCAGGGGCCCCUCAGAACCUCUCCGGUGCGUCUGGUAACACCAGGGGCCCCUCAGAACCUCUCCGGUGCGUCUGGUAA